AGUAAUUUCUGUAAUUACUUAAAAAUGUGAGUGGUUUGUAUAAAUAGGUCAUAUAUAAAAAAAAGUGUAAGUAUGGUUGUUCAAUAAGGUAGUAUGUUCGGAUGUCUCCUUUCUAAGAUCAAAUUUAAAAUAUUUACUCAAAAAAUUUUAAGGUGUUGUACUAGAAAUUUCAUGGUGGAUGGAAUUCUGUCUCUGAGGAUAAUAUGAAUUUUAGUGAUUGUUGAAUAUCAUUUUUAAAAAAUAUUUCUUGGCAAUUAUAAUAUUUUGAUGUGGUGGGUGAUAUAUACCACUUCAGUGUUUUCUAUUGAGAAAAAGAAACAUUUAAAUCCAAUGAAAUAUCAUUAGAUUCUGAAGUCCCAAUUCCUGGCCAAAAUUUGCUCCUCCGAAUCUACCAACUCCCACUUCAGUAGGACACCGAAAAAUGUCUGAACUACUCUCGGAACCCGACAACCUCAUAGAUUUUAUGCUGAACAAAGGAAAUGGAGUGAAGGGUCUCUCUCAGAUAAACCUUAAACAAAUCCCAGAUCGAUUCAUCCAGCCCCCUGAAGAAAGAUUGGACCAUAUCCAAAUUGCGACCCAAGAAUCCGUACCCGUUAUCGAUGUGUCCAGAUGGGAUGACCCGGGAAUUGCAGAAUCAAUCUGCGAGGCAGCAGCCAAGUGGGGUUUCUUUCAGAUCAUCAAUCAUGGAAUCCCAGAUGAGGUUCUUGAAAAUGUGAAGAGGGCUGCUCAUGAUUUCUUUGAGUUGCCUGUUGAGGAGAGGAGGAGGUAUUUGAAGGAGAAUUCUCCCACUCACACUGUGAUGUUGAAGACUAGCUUUAGUCCUCUUGCUGAGAAGAUUUUGGAGUGGAAAGACUAUCUUAUGCACUACUGUGAUGGCCAAGAAAAUGAGCAUUCCAAGUUCUGGCCACCUUUGUCUAGAGAUCAAGUUUUGGACUACGUAAACUGGAUAAAGCCCAUUAUCAGAAAGCUACUGACAGUGUUGCUCAAUGGUAUUAAGGUGGAACAAAUUGACAAGGUCAAAGAAUCCGCCUUGAUGGGCUCACCAGUUGUCACCCUUCUCUACUACCCCAAGUGUCCGAACCCCAAUGUUGCAGCUGGAGCUGGCCGUCACUCUGAUGUGUCAUCAAUCACCAUCCUCCUACAAGACGACGUAGGUGGACUCUACGUACGAGCAACUGAAGGCGACCAGUGGAUCCAUAUAGCACCAACCAAAGGAGCUCUUGUUGUAAACAUCGGAGAUGUGCUGCAGAUCAUGAGCAACGACAGGUACAAAAGCAUCGAGCAUCGUGUAUUUGUGAAUGGGAGCAAGAACAGGGUUUCCGUGCCCGUCUUUGUCAACCCUUCAAGUGACGCCAUCAUUGGCCCUCUGCCGGAAGUGCUGAAGGCCGGAGAGAAACCAAUCUAUAAACAUGUUGUCUUCUCGGAUUACUUCAAUUACUUCUUUAGUAAAGGUCAUGAUGGCAAACGAUCGCUGGAUUAUGCGAAAAUAUGACGUGUUUGUGUUUUGUAGGAUAGCUUAUCUUCACAAGUCUUGCUGUCUUCUUGCAUAGGCUGUGUCAUAUACUCACAGAUUUAUCUCCGGACGGCGAUAGUUCUGAUCUUUGUAUGUUCCUAUGCUUAAAGUCUUGUAAAACUGUGCUAUACUUUUCCUGAUAAUCGUAUAUUCGACAAAUUUGAAAUUA